AUGGAGGCAUUGCGGCUUUCCAAUGCUCGAUGGCGCACUUACUGGCUCGCUGCCGUGCUUUGUUGUGGCGGAGCAUUGUUUGGAUAUGAUUCGGGCGUCAUUGGUGGUGUUCUCACAUUCGACUCCUUUCAGCAAUCCUUCCAAUUCACCGCCCAGGAAAAGACCCGGAUCAGCGCCAUUGCAGUCGUGGUCUUCUGCAUUGGUGUUGUACUAGAAGUUAUCGACACUCACUCAUUAUCAGCAUUCUAUGUCGGGCGAGUGAUCUGUGGUCUUGGUGUAGGUGCUUCUGCAACUGUGAUCCCGAUUUACUUGUCCGAAAUGAGUCCGAAGGAAAUUCGUGGUCAGCUUGGAAGCUGCUACCAGUUGACCUACACCAUUGGUAUCUUGGUGUCUUACUGGAUCGACUACGGUGUGGAGAAAAUGCCCUCGAGUGCCAAGCAGUGGCAGCUGCCAAUUGGCCUGCAGCUUGUUCCAGGCGCGUUGAUGGGCCUGGGGAUGUUCACUCUGAAUGAGAGUGUGCGCUGGCUCCUAGCCCAGGGGAAGACCGCCGAGGCCUGGCAAAGUCUGGUGUGGAUCCGCGCUGGUAAUGGUGCUGCCGUGCGGGAGGAGUUUGAGGAAAUGCAGCGUGGUCUCGAAGAAGAGCGCCAUAUGACGGCUGGCUUCCACCCCAGGGAAUUGCUUGAAGGGCCCAACUUGCACCGGCUCUUGAUUGGCGGUGGACUAUUCUUAGCGCAGCAGUCGACCGGUUCGACCGCGCUCGCCUACUUUGGUCCACAAUUCUUCUCGCUUAUCGUGGGUCCUGGUGACAAGAACUUGUUAUUGACCGGCAUCUUCGGUGCUGUCAAGGUUGUUGCUUGUUUGAUUUUCGUGGUCUUCAUGUCCGACCGGUUCGGACGUCGGCCAGUGCUAGCUGGAGGAGCUGCCUUCAUGGCUGUGUGCAUGCUGGCUACCGCUGCUGUUGUCAAGAACUAUCCACCCCAGAAUGGAGUGGUAUCCUCUGCAGGUGCAGGCACUGUCGCAUUGAUUUAUCUCGACAUUAUCGCCUAUAACUUCAGCUGGGGCCCGCUGCCCUGGCCCUGCACAAGCGAGAUAUUCCCUACUCGGAUCCGCGAGCCAGGUGUUGCAUUUGGCGUUGGUUCCCAGUGGCUCUUCAAUUUUAUUUGGAGCUUCUCCACUCCGUACAUCAUGGCUGGAAUUGGCUGGGCGACAUUCCUGCUCUUCGGUCUACUGGACAUUCUCAUCGUGGGUUUCACUUACUUCUGUUUGAAGGAAACUGCAGGCAAGACGUUGGAAGAGAUCAAUGAGAUGUUCGAAGGUAUUGAUCCGGAUGCUGAGCAAGGCUGGAAGGAUGAUAUCGCUGAAAUAGGCGUGGGGACGACUCCAAGAAAUCGACUACCGCAAUACCUGGAUGGCGCCGAGUCGGUCAAUACGGCCAAGUCUGACCAGGAUAAGAUUGGCACCAUGCAUUCCGAGUUGACCGCAGGCCGGGCUUGA